GAGAGAGUGAGCGUUGGCAGAUUAACAUUUUGCAGGCGAAGGGAGAGGCAGCGGCAUAAUCGAGCUCCCGGCUGGCGUGAGAAUCUUUGCAUGCGUAGCCAAGCUCCAGUUCUUUCCUGUCUGAGUCUCGGUGCAAAAUACGAAACUUAAAGAAGCAAAUCACCAUCACCCCGUGCAAGCUGAUGUUUUUUUGUAUUGCAACAUAACUUCGGGGGGGGGAAAGAAGAAAGAGGAGGAGAAGAGAGCAGCUCUUUGCUUUCCUCCCUCCUCACCAAGCGAAUCUCAUCUUGCAUCGUCGCUUGAUAUGAAUGACAGCUGUCAGCUGAACAGGAUGGCAACUUUGGAUGAUAAUAACAAUACCCCAGGUGGUGUGAUCAGUUACAUUGGCUCUAAUGGAUCUUCCCCAAGCCGCACCAGCCCCAUCUCUCUGUGUGGCAGUGACAAUUUGAGUGGCAGCUGCCAACUGUCUUCACAUCCAACCUUUCCCAGCUAUUUCCCACCUUCACCUACUGGAUCUCUGGUGCAGGAUUCUGGGCGUCUCUAUGGGGGUGGCUCAGCUGGGCUUCGUGAUGAUGCCUCCCCAUCAUCAUUGUCAUCUUCAUCUUCCUCGUCUUCUUACAACUCUGGAGGUUCUCCAGUGGGACUCCAAGUGGCCUUGGAUGAUGGGAGGCGUGUCUCCCCUGUCAAAAGCACCAGCAGCAGCAUCACGAAACUCAAUGGGAUGGUCCUUCUAUGUAAAGUUUGUGGAGAUGUUGCCUCUGGCUUCCAUUAUGGUGUCCACGCUUGCGAAGGCUGCAAGGGUUUCUUCCGGCGCAGCAUUCAGCAGAACAUCCAGUACAAAAAGUGCCUGAAAAAUGAGACCUGCAGCAUCGUCCGCAUCAACCGGAAUCGUUGCCAGCAGUGUCGCUUCAAGAAGUGUCUGAGGGUUGGCAUGUCUCGUGAUGCUGUACGAUUUGGGCGCAUCCCCAAGCGUGAGAAGCAACGGAUGCUGGCUGAGAUGCAGAGUGCGAUGAACAACAUGGCUAACAACCAACUGAAUGCACAGUGCCUCCCUGAGAACUUACCAACAGGACAUGCACAGUCUACUACCCUCUUACUGGGCCACCAAUCUCAACUGGCACCUUCUUCCCCACCUUCUCGUGCACCUUCCCCACCCCAGACAUCUCCUUGCUUCUCCCAGUUUUCUCAGCAGCUGACACCCCCACGAUCCCCAAGCCCUGGAGAUGUCAUGGAGGAUGUCAUUGCACAAGUGGCUAAAGCCCACAAAGAGAUUUUUGUUUAUGCCCAUGACAAACUGGCCACAGGGCCCCAGCCACCCACAGGGAGUAACAGUUCUCCAAGUUGGGACAACAACUGGUUGAUUAAUGGCUACUGCACCAGUGGGCUGCAUCAUCAAAAUGACAAUUGGAACACUGGCUCUGCCUCCAGUCCUGCUUGUCACCAGAACAACAUCAAUGGACAUAGGUUUUGUCCCUCUGGGGAAACAGACCUCUCCCUUAGGCAAGGCGAAACCAGAGAUGUACUCCUGGCGUGCCCAAUGAAUUGUCAUCCUCAUGGGUAUAGUGGCCGCACAGUCCAGGAGAUUUGGGAGGAUUUCUCACUGAGCUUUGCACCAGCUGUACGAGAAGUUGUGGAAUUUGCCAAACACAUUCCAGGGUUCCAGGAGCUGUCACAACACGACCAAGUCUCACUACUCAAAGCUGGCACAUUUGAGGUGCUAAUGGUUCGGUUUGCCUCCCUUUUCAACGUCAAGGAACAGACGGUAACAUUCAUGAGUCGUACCAAGUACAGCCUUGAAGAGUUGUGGGGGAUGGGCAUGGGUGACCUGCUGACAUCCAUGUUUGAAUUCAGUGAGAAGCUUAGUGCCUUGCAACUAUCUGAAGAAGAACUGGGCCUCUUCACAGCAGUAGUGCUGAUCUCUGCAGAUCGCUCGGGCAUUGAGAACCCAGCCUCGGUGGAGCAGCUACAGGAAACACUGAUCCGGGCGUUGCGAGCCCUCAUCCUCAAGAAUCACCCCCAGGAAACGUCCCGCUUUACUAAGCUGCUCUUGAAACUGCCUGACCUGCGUACCCUCAACAACAUGCACUCUGAAAAACUGCUCUCCUUCCGCAUUGAUGCACAGUAGAGGAGAGAGUGGGCAGAAAUGCGGUGAGCCCAGGCUCCUGACCAAUUCUCCUUGGGUCGUUGCACUAACCAGACUAUUUGGGGCCUAGACCUGGCUUUCUAUUUAUGUGGGUGUAGCAGCUGCUACUCCUGCCUGCUCAGAAACAGCACAACCGCUUUUGUAAAUAGAUCUGUGUAUAUUGGAACUGUGUGAAGAGAAUGUCCCUCUUCUCGGCCGUGGUGCCAACUACAGGAGAAAAAUACAUUGAAAGCAAACUGUCUGGAUGGCCUUCUUCCUCAUUUAUUCACCUCUUGCUCUUGGAAGUGCUCUUUCCCAAGUUGAAACUACUGUGGGGAUCAGGACCGGAUGUGGCGUGAUCCUUCUGCCUCCUGCCAGAAGGAAAGCAGGCCUUAGACCCAGGCGGGCAACUGGAGCCCCACUUAUUUUCUCUAGGGAGGUGUCAUCUGAAGUCCUGCAGAAACUAGUGAUGGGUGAACAGGCUCACCUGCCUUAUGGAUUCCUUUGAGGUUUAAGAUAAAAGAGGUUUAGAAAACGUUUUCCCUUCUGGUGUGGGAGACCUGUAUUCCCUUUGCAAUAGAUGCCACUUCCAGGCAAACCAGCUUUGAAAUCAUAUCCCAUGUUAGUUGAGUUGCAAGGGAAACAACCAGAUCCCCUUCUUUAAAAUACUUUUUGUCUAGCAAAAAAAAAAAAGGAAAAAUAAUCACCCAUCCCCAGACUAAUUUUAAAUAAAAGGAGGCAACUGAGGUGUUCCUUUCCUGCAGCCGGCCUCUUCCCCCAUGGCCUGAAUGCUUGGCAAACCUUUUGCGUGUGGUGCAACUGAGGUUUUACACAUUAAGGGAGGCUUGAUGAGUAAAAUGGUAGAAGAGAACAAGGUUCACACUACCUGUAGAACAGAUUUCAGCCCAACCCCUCACUUGGUUUUGGCAGUUAAAGAAAGGAUGUUAUACUAGCCACCAUUCACCAGAAAUGAGACACCAAAGCCAGUUGGGGCUGUGAGGUUUUUUUGUCUUUGUUUAAGGGUAGGUUUGUUUGUUUUUUAAUCAUAUAUUUAUUACAUAAAUAUAUAGUAAAAUAGACCAGCAACAAUUACCAUAAAAAUAUCUUUCUUUAAAAUCCUGACCAAAAACACAAAAAGGGUUAUUUUUUUCCCCGCCCCAGACUUUUCAGGGUUAUUUUUUUUUUCAAAAUCGCACGUCACAGACAAAUUGUGAUUGUCGUAUUUUUUACAUCAGCAGCUUCCUGCUUCCCAGAUGCAAAAAAAAAAAAAAAGGAAAAGGAGGAAAAGGAAGAAAAAGAAACA